CAUAUAAACCCCGAUCAGGCUGGAAGAAGCAUUGACAGUAUCUCUCAGCUCUCUCAUCCACACCUCAAGGUCUUCAGGCUCAAAUAAGUAAUAUUCACAAGUUGCUCAAUCACAUCUAAAAAAAAAAAAAAAUGGCAAACAUACGCCCCUACAAGAUCUCAAUCAGCGAGUCUCAAAUCCAAGAUCUAAAAACGCGCCUCUCACUCUCUAAAUUCCCCGACGAGCUCGACAACGCAGGAUGGGACAUGGGCGCGCCCCUCGCCGACAUCAAGCGACUAACAAGACACUGGGAGUCAUCUUACUCCUGGAAGACCGCCGAGGCGGAACUCAACUCACUCCCACAUUUCAUCACGGAUAUCCAAUGCGACGGGUUCCAGCCGCUAGCCAUUCACUUCGUGCACAUCCGGAGCAAAGUGCAGAACGCCAUCCCGUUGCUCUGGAUCCACGGAUGGCCGGGACAUUUCUGGGAAGGCGUGAAGAUCAUGAAGCCUUUGACUGAAGGUGACGGGGUGGAACACCCUGCGUUCGACUUGGUCGUCCCAUCACUGCCUAAUUUCGCGUUUUCUGAGGGGACGAAGGAGAGGGGAUUCGCGCUGGCGCAGUACGCUGAGACGUUGAAUAAGUUGAUGUUGAAAUUGGGGUAUAACGAAUACGUCACGCAGGGGGGAGACUGGGGAACACACAUAUCCCGUGCCCUAGCGCACCUCUACCCCCAAACCUGCAAAGCAACACACCUAAGCAUGGACGCGGCGAACCCGCCCUCCUUCCUCGCCAACCCCGUCCUCACUCUCCAACACAUGCUCACGCCCUACAGCAAGCGGGAGCGCGAGGGUCAGUCCCGCACGGAAUGGUUCACGAAAGAAGGCCGAGGCUACAAUCUCGAACAAUCCACAAAACCCCAAACCCUAGGGUACGCCCUCGUCGACAGCCCAGUGGCAUGUUUAUCAUGGAUCUACGAGAAACUUCACGACUGGACAGACAACUACCCCUGGACCGACGACGAAGUAUGCACCUGGGUAAGCAUAUACUGGUUCUCUGUCGCGGGGCCGGCAGCAUCUACACGCAUCUACUACGAGACACAUCAUACCACCCGCACCCCCGAGAACCCGCGCGCCGUGCCCCGCGAUAUGCUACGGGCGUAUUCCCCUGGUGUCAAGCUCGGAUACAGCCACUUUCCUAUGGACUUGGUCGUGCUACCGAGUACGUGGGUCCGGACGCUGGGCAACGUCGUGUUUGAGAGGGAUCAUGAGGACGGGGGCCAUUUCGCUGCAUGGGAAAGGCCCGGUGAGCUUGUGAAGGACUUGAGAGAUAUGUUUGGGAAGAAAGGGGGUGCGUUUGGGUGUGUUAAGGGGGCGAAUGGAUAUUCGCAGUGAAUGUCGUUUCAUCUGUUGUUAGUGGCUGGGGGGCUCAUUUCAGUUUUGGUCCCUUUUAAAGGGUAGUGGUGAGGAAAGAAAAUGACAGAUGAAGGCUGGCCAACGAGGAAUUGAACUUUGGGCGUCAAUGGAGCAUACAACCCCAUCUCUCGAUUCUCAUAUGCUUCGCUAGACCAGUCUACCCCGUCCACUUUGUCGUAAGAGAUGUAAUGAUAUAGAUUUUACUUCUCUCGAACUACAAACUAUCGAGAUUCAAGUUCGAUAUAUCCUUACCAGA